GUUAAGAACUAAAAGAAACCAAACCUGGGGCAAGGAAGAAGAAGAAGAACACCUUGAAUCGAAGAUUCUACAUUUUAAGGGAACUUGUAAUCCGUAAAAAGCUCCUGAUGUGUUGCUUGAUCUCUUCAUAACCGUAUCGGUGAAAGUAAUUGAUGCCAUGGUUCCAAUGGAAACUGAUGAGCCUACAGAUUCUUUGCCAAAAGCACAGAGCAAUUCUAUGAUUAGUCAAUUAGAUGGCUCUGUAAUUGUGGCUUCAACCAAUGUACCUGAGAUUUUGACUGCUUCUGACUGUGGAGAGAGACUUCCUGAGUCGUCAAGAGGUCGGGUUUGUGACACAAUGAUGCCACCACCAGCUUUAUAUUCCCAAGCUGCCUCCACAGAGUUUUCUUUGAAUGUAGUGGAAGCUUCUUUGAUUAGAGUAGAAAGUAGUACAACUAGUCAUGAUGCUGAUGGUAUUUUGAACCAAGUGAUUUCUGAAGAAUCUGCAUUUUGUUUACCUGACCCUGCCGGCUCUGCUACAUCAGAUCAGGGUGUUCAAAUUACAGGUUCUCUGCCAAUUUCAUCAGUUCUCGCCCAGAAUAUCACAACAGCAGCAGACCAUUGGACUUCGAGAACAGCUUCUUUAGGUCAUGAUCUACUCAGAGAUAGUGAUUAAAAAUGCAUUAACAAAAUAGUUGGUGUUUACUA